UCUGCUGUGAAGAGGCAGCGCAGCCCUGCAGUGUCAGCGGGACUUUGUCUUCUCGGUGCGGCUGUUCGGGGACAUCUCUGCGGCAUCAGCAGCGAGGCGCCGCCGGGCUCAGCGUGGACACAUCCGCCUCCAUUCGUUCUGCUGGCGGCUGGCAUCACCCAUGUAGCCGCUGUCAGGGUGGACAGGAGCAUCAUCUGACUGGAGAAGAAGCCCGACCGGCACCAUGAGCAGCACGGUGUUCCAGCAGCAGGCGGUCCACAGCCCUCUGGAGCAGCAGAAGCAGAAGCAUGGAGGACCCAUCCCGUGUCAGAACUGUGGCAAGCCAUGUAAAGGGGAGGCGCUCCGGGUCCAGAACAAACACUUCCACAUCAAGUGUUUCGCCUGUAAAGUAUGUGGUUGUGAGCUGAGCCAUGGGGGAUUCUUUGUGCGCCAGGGGGACUACAUCUGUACUCUGGACUACCAGCGUCUGUACGGGACGCGCUGCUUCAGCUGCCAGGACUUCAUAGAAGGGGAGGUGGUGUCCGCCCUGGGGAAGACGUACCACCCCCGCUGCUUCGUCUGCGCCUCCUGCAAGCAGCCGUUCCCGGCCGGCGACCGAGUCACUUUUAACGGGAAGGAGUGCAUCUGUCAGACGUGCACCGAGCCUCUGGCUGCCAACAGCCCCGCCCCCAUCCAGGCUGUGCACAACUGCUGCGGCUGUGGGAAGGAGUUUAAGAACGAGCCGUCUCUGGUGGCGCUGGAGAAGCACUGGCACCUGGGCUGCUUCAAGUGUAAGGUCUGCAACAAGGUGCUCAACGCCGAGUACAUCAGCAAGGAUGGAAUCCCCUUCUGUGAGAUGGACUACCACGCCAUGUUUGGCAUCCAGUGUGAGAGCUGCAAGAAGUACAUCACUGGAAAGGUCCUGGAGGCUGGAGAGAAGCACUACCACCCCACAUGCGCCCGCUGUGCCCGCUGUGAGCUCAUGUUUGCAGAGGGAGAAGAAAUGUACCUGCAAGGAUCCUCCAUCUGGCAUCCACCAUGCAGACAAGCUGCCAAGCAGGAGGAGAAGAGCAAGAAGCAGGUCCGGAUACAGCUCACUGCCAUCCCUGAGCAGCAGGUGACCAGGACUUCAUCUGAGAGCAUCACUUCAGUCCCAGCAUCCAGCGCCUCGGGCUCUCCGAGCAGAGUCAUCUACGCCAAACUAGGGGAGGAGAUGCUGGACUACAAGGACCUGGCCGCCCUCCCGAAGACCAAGGCCAUCUACAACAUCGACCGGCCCGACAUGCUGUCCUACUCGCCUUACGUCAGCUACCCGUCUGAGGAGAGGCACUACGGAGAGUCCCCCCAGCUGCUUUCAACUACUCCUACUGAGGGCGACGGGGAGUCCCCUCGCCAGCGGAGGCCCUCCAGCCCCGGCUCCAACAGCUCCCUGGGGGGCUUCGGACGUUACACCCCCUGCCGGUCCCCACAGAACUACAGCCGGCCAGGGCCAGAGGUCUACCUUGGUGCCAGACACAGCAGCCAGGCCCAUGACUCUCUCACUUUGCCUCCAUUCCUCAUGGAGGCCAUUAAGUACCCGUCCACCGGGGCCAGGGACUCAUCUCCCCUCCCUGUGCACUCUGCUGCCGGGGCUGAAGGGAGUGGUGGAGGUGGUAGUGACAAGUACUCACCCAUACCAGUAGGUGGCAGUGCAGGCUUGUCUUAUCACCUGAACCCCACCACCCUGGCCAUGCUGCAGCAGCACAACUACAUCCCUUACUUCAGAGGCAGUGAAAGUGGCCGCAGUACCCCCAGCUUAUCCACCUAUUCUGAUGGCAAAUCCCCCUCCUCGACUUCUACAUACGUGGCUGCUCCCCGGCACUUCCACGUACCAGAGACUCUGGUCAAAGAUAAUAUCUAUAGAAAACCCCCCAUCUACCAGCAGCAUGCUUCCAGAUCAUCAUGGCAGGAUGGAGAGGAUAGCAAGAGGACCAGUUGGAUGAUCUUGAAGAGUGAGAUUGAUGGACAGAUGGGUCCAGAAGACCUGGACCCCUGCAAAUCGACCUGCAGUCUGCCCUCUGACAUCUCCCAGUCUAAUAUCCCCUACAAUAAGUCUGCAUCUUUACCGGGUUAUGGAAGGAAUGGCAUCUAUAAGGCUGCUGAGAUGGUGGCUGAUGAAGUGGACCCAGACUCUCAGAGCUGGGGAGGCAUGAGAGGUGAGAGUGACAACAGAUUGACAAUGUUUAUUUCCUAUUCUGUUUCUAUUCUUGUUAAAUCUUUUGUUCGUGGUGAUAGGUGCAUCAGCUUAUUUCCUAAAAUACAAACAAUACACUCUGCAGAUACCAAAGACGGUAAACCUUUCUUAUCCUGUUGGCUCUGCUACAGCACUUUGGAUUUUAAAUUAAACAAUGUCUGAGGUUUAGGGUCUGACUUUGGGGAAAUCUUUUAAAAACUAGACUUCUUGCCCUUCUUGAACAAUUCAAUCAUUCUAUACAUUGGUAUGUCAAUCAAUCAACCCUAACCACCAGCUGAGCAGACUGAAGUCUGAUAUUAGCAAGAAGCAGAGACGCUCAAGGAUCCAAGUCUUGAGUCUUUGAGUUAGAGUCCAAGUCGAGUCGUGAGCUUUGAGCUAGAGUCCAAGUCAAGUCUUGAGUCUUUGAGCUAGAGUCCAAUUCUUAAGUCUCUGAGCUAGAGUUCAAGUCUUGAGUCUUUAUGCUAGAUUCCAAGUGUUGAGUCUUUAUGCUAGAGUCCAAGUCUUGAGUCUUCAGUCAUAAGUCCAAAUAAAGUUUUGAGUCUCCUAUAUUUGUCAUAAAUGUUUUAUCAUAUGCUAUCCGGUCUGUUUAGAACACGGCAUACCUAUCUUUAAGGAAUUCAAGCUUGGACUAUAUCAUUAUUCUUUUUUCUUUUAGCAUAAAAUGACAGCUUUGAUUUGUUGUUUUGUCUUUGGUCACUUUGAAAAAUAAUAUUGUUGCUAUUUUAAAACACACAAGGAAUUAAAUAACUGUAUUGUUCCCCUAAAAAUGGAUAUUGGAUGGUUCAGUAAAAUAUUGCUAACAUUAUUAGGCAUGCAAUUAUGACUGUAUUCUAUAGUUGUAUUGGGUUUCCAACUAAUGACAGAUUAUAAUCUACUGUGAUUUAGCACAUCCCUCUAGCCUUUCCAACCUGUUUCUAAAUGUCCAAGUGAACUCAUGUCACUGUGUGUGAUUUAGGAUUUGAGACCAGGACAUGCUGCUGGCUGUAGUCCAGGUCUGGCUGUAGUCCAGGUCUGGAUCCCCGCCCAGGACUUCAAACAGUCAAUGACUGCAUAGGAUUGCUACCUGAUAUUCAAAAUGAUGAUUUAAUCUUUUAGGUUUUUGUCAAUUGAUCCUUUGACUUUGGAUCACAUACAAUGAGCAAACCUCGGCAAUGAAACACGUAUUCAGCAUCUGCAAUUGUGUUAUUCAAUUAAUUAUAAAAGCAUAAAUGUUGAAAAUACAGUUCCCCCUUCUCAAUAUCAAAAUGUGUUGCUUUGGUUUAUCUUUUGACAGUAAACUAAAUAUCUUUUUCUGUUAGUUAGAUAUCAUGUUGCAGCCCUAUCUAAUUCAGGAUAAUACUAAAUUACUGUACGAGUGUAAAGUUACUUCUCUAAUAUAGUUGUAUUACCUCUGUCUUUAAUCAAAUAGCCGGUUUUCACACAGUUACUGGUCCUUUGUACAAAGCUCUAAUGCCAGUGUGACUAUGACCAGGUCUUUUACUUCUAGAGCCGAGAACCCCCAAGAUAAAGUAUGUUGUUGCUAGGGCUGGGCACGUUAACGCGUUAAUCUUGCGUUAACGCAUCAAUUAAUUAACGCCGACAAUUAUUUAAUCGCGCGUUAACGCAGGUUUUAUUAUUUAUUUUAUUAUUGUAAAAGUUUGUUGCUCACAGGGUUUUAUUUUGUAAAAGUCUGCUACUGAUUGCUGCGGAACCGGAAAAGAAACUCAUUCGCGGUUUAACAAACAUGGAGAAGAGUACGGAGAUUUUAAAUGGCCAUUUUCAAUUUAAAGUUCUUAAAGACGGCGGAGUCGACAGAAACAAAGUAAUGUGUAACCACUGCCAAGAUGAAUCGUCUUAUCACCGGAGUACUUCCAGCCUUAAAUAUCAUUUAAAUGCUAAACACACCGUUGAUGCCAGCAAAUCAUACAACCAAACACACAGUGGAGCGAGGCUUCGGCAGACUACGCUAGCUGCAGGGAGGAGAUAAACCAAGGCAAGAGAAGCUAACCAAUGCCAUAGCGAAGUGGAGAGCUACAGACUGCAGGCCGAUUAGUUAGGGUGACCAGCCGUCCGGUUUUCCCCGGACAUGUCCUGCUUUUGAGACUUAAAAAAUGCGUCCGGCAGGGAUUCCAACUCUGGGUUUUUACAAACUAGUAUUUACCCCUUACAAGUUUUGGAAAUGGUAUCUCCCUUAUGUUCCACCUUCUUAUGCGAGCUCUGACAGUAUAGAGAACAGUCAUUGGUCGACCGAUCUCAGGGUUGCCAGAUACACGAUAAUUAUCCUCCAAAUACAACAAUUUUGAGCCUUUGGUACGAUACUUCACCAUCUCCAAUCUGGCAACACGGAGCACGUUGCCGCCUCCACUAGUUCAUUGUUGUUUGUGCGGCAUGCUAUACACUACAACCAGCGCCGCCGCUCCCAUAACGCACUACGCGCUGUGCGUAGGGCACCAAGUCCUGAGGGGGCUCCACAAAAUAGGCAACUAAAAAAUCCUCAGAUAUAAUAAUUAUAAUGCCGAUAUUAUUUCAGUCUAGAAAUAUAAGGCACCUUUUAGGCAUGUAUAUCACAAAACAGGCAGAACAAGAGAGAUGUUUAAUCGCAGCCCCCCCCCCCCUGCUUCGCGCACAGUCUCCAGCGUUCUGUCACAGUAUCUCUGCAUAACAGUGCGUUGGACAAUGUCCUGACAGAUUUUAUGGCACUUUAGUUCAUAUGGCAGACAGUACAUUUAAAAUAAGUGUCAAGUUCUAGGAAUUGACAAACUGCACUGAAAGUGUUUUCUGGUGUCUCACUCUAACAUUCAUAUGGCAGAACAUUUAAAUAGAAGUGCGCUAUACACUACUUUUGAAUUAAUUAUUGGAUUUUGCGUAUACAAAUGCGAUUAAUCAGGGAAAUCAUGCGAUUAAUCACGAUUAAAAUUUGUAAUCGUUGCCCAGCCCUAGUUGUUGCAAAAGGUCACACAUCGUAAAUCAUAACAUGUCAAAGGGCCCGCGAUACCUUUUCUUUGAGUGCAGAUCUCAGGUCAGUUUACAAUCCCUGUGAGCAAACCUGCAGAGCCCUGCAGCGCUGGCUCCAGAUCAGUUACUGGAGGUGACAGCGUAGAGAAGCUGUGUCAUGAGGUCAUGAGGUCAUGUUUCAGCUGCAGAAUUACUGACGCAUGUUUACAAUUGUGUUUGUGUGUGUGUGUGCUUAGCAACUAUUUGUAUGCUUUUGAUGCCUUUGAAACCUAAUAUUCCUGAAGACAUUUGAGUCCUGCUCAUGCUCUGUGGUGGUAGUUUUCAUAAUGGGUCUGUUAUUGAAAACCAGAACGUGUUAUUCCACCAGAUUAACUCUUUCUUUGUCUCUUUUCCUCCAUCACAGAAUACAA